CUGGGUAUUGUGCUUGCACUGGCUGUCUGCAAGCCUAGGAAUUUCCAGGAGGGGCCUCUGUUGUGGAUUGUUUUUGUUUCUAUGGAGAAACGCAAUGAGCUGUUUUACUCCUGAUGACGGGGAAAUCCGCCUUCAGUUUUUUCUAUGCUUGGAAAGGAAUCCUUGAUACAUGUCUGCCAGGGAAUAAAAGCAACAAAAGAAAAGAGAUGAGUCGUCAGACUGCCACAGCACUUCCGACAGGUACCUCCAAGUGUACACCGUCGCAAAGGGUACCUGCCUUGACGGGCACCACCGCUUCCAACAAUGACUUGGCCAGCCUCUUUGAGUGCCCCGUCUGUUUUGACUAGUUGCCACCUAUCCUCCAGUGCCAAAGUGGGCACCUUGUUUGUAGCAAUUCGCCCAAGCUCACCUGUUGUCCGACCUGCCGAGGACCGUUGGGUUCCAUUCGGAAUUUGGCUAUGGAAAAAGUUGCCAACUCCGUACUGUUUCCCUGUAAAUAUGCCUCCUCUGGCUGCGAGAUAACCUUGCCGCAUACCGAGAAAGCCGACCACGAAGAGCUUUGCGAAUUCAGGCCUUACUCUUGCCCGUGCCCUGGGGCCUCUUGUAAGUGGCAAGGCUCUUUGGAUGCUGUCAUGCCACACCUCAUGCACCAACAUAAAUCGAUAACAACACUACAGGGAGAAGAUAUUGUUUUCCUUGCUACAGACAUUAAUCUUCCCGGAGCUGUCGACUGGGUUAUGAUGCAGUCUUGCUUUGGCUUUCACUUCAUGUUAGUACUGGAGAAACAGGAAAAAUACGAUGGUCACCAGCAGUUCUUUGCAAUCGUACAGUUGAUAGGCACGCGGAAACAAGCUGAAAAUUUUGCUUACCGCCUCGAGCUAAACGGCCACAGGCGGCGAUUGACUUGGGAAGCAACCCCACGAUCGAUCCAUGAGGGGAUCGCAACCGCCAUCAUGAAUAGUGACUGCUUAGUCUUUGACACCAGCAUUGCACAGCUGUUUGCAGAGAACGGCAACUUAGGUAUUAAUGUGACAAUUUCAAUGUGCUGAAACCCCAAGCUGACAUUUUCAGGGCCAGUGUCUAAAAUAAUAAUAAGAAUAAUCACCUCAAUCCAAAUCCACUGCAUUCAGUUUCACAGAAACUGUGGUAAACAUCUGACUGCUAGGUGUGAACAAUUGGGAGGGAAAGGCCAGCCUCAAUGAAGGUAAAUUAAUGGGAAGACUGUUCUGGUGCAGAUAACAGUUGCAU